AUGAAUCUAAAUGUUUAUGACAGACCACAAAAACAUUCUGUUCUGCACUAUGAUGAUCCAGGUCUCCAACAAGACCUCACCAGUGACACCUUAAAAUCAAAGCACCAGCAGAAAAGUAGCAACCAGCUCCAUCUUGACUGGUCAGCGAGCUCUGAUACUGGAUCCACUUCUCAAAGUUGCUUUGUCAACACAGAACCCAGUAGAGAAGCAGUUAGUGCCACCAAGGUCUCCACUCUGGAGCAGGGAGUUUCCUUCAGCAAAUCCCAGGCAAAGAAGUCCUGCACCAGCAGCACAUGGGGGCAGAUGUCAGCCAGUAAUAAAGAGUUUGCCAUUUGCAGUGCAGUCCCAUCCCCCAACAGCAUCAGCGUGGCUGCCCAGCUGAGCAAUGCCUAUGAGUGCAAUGGGCUUUUGCCUCUUGGUGACCAAGAGGUAGGUGUGCAGCUGGAAAACCCCAAUCGGCCCACCGAGAGUACAAACAAGUCCAGCAAAAAGGACUUCAUAAGUCAAACCAUCCAAACCACAGACACUGAGUGGGUGAAGAACGCUCAGAAAGCAUUUGAUAGCAAAUCCCAUUACAGCAUGGAAGGAAAAAAGGAGUCUUAUUCGAUGGACAGUGUAUUGGAUAUAUCGCCCUUGAAGCAGAAUUCUGCUUCUGCUAGCAGUUGUGAAAGCGACACCAGUCACAUACUAAUUACUAUCCCAAUAAAGUCUCCAACAACAGAUACAUCUGGCCACAAAAGAAAACAAAGGCACCCCACAAAAUCUUUCAUAGAGAAAACUAUCCAGGUGAAAAGCCUGCCUUCUGGACUUGCUAUGAGCAGUGAAGUAACAAACAGGACUAGCUCUCAGUCAGAGGGGAGUAAAAAAGAUCUUCGAGCCACAAAACCAGGAAAAGUGAUAGAAAAUGAGUCCCCCUUAGUAGCUAUUGACAGUGGUGUGCUCCCUGAUAAAGCUUCCCCCAACUGUGCCACCAGACUCAGAAAAUAUGUAUCUGUGACAUCCACUCUCGUACCCACUGAUCUUCCCACAACUGGCAAAUUAUCUGAGGUCCAGCACCCCAAACAUGAAACUGAGCGGCGAUGGACCUGUAGAAAACCUAAAUCUAUCCUUCGGGACACCUCCACGACAACAUCUAAAAAGUUGAUGGUGGAGCCUCCUUCAGCCUAUCCCAUCACACGAUCCAGCCCUCUUUAUACCAAUACAGACAGUCUUACUGUGAUCACACCUCUCAAGAAAAAAAGAGGACGACCAAAGAAACAGCCUUUGCUCACUGUUGAAACCAUUCAUGAGGGAACCUCCACUAGCCCAGUGAGUCCAAUCAAUCGCGAAUUUGCAGGAACAAAGAAAAGGAAGAGGAGAAGGAAUCUAGCUAAGUUGGCCCAGAUGGUUCCAAGAGAGGACAAGUCCAUCAGUGAACUCAAGUUUAACAAAAGGGUCAGGAAGCUUGGGGUCUUGGAUAAGAAGACCAUCAAGACCAUUAAUAAAAUGAAGACCCUCAAGAGGAAGAAUAUUCUCAAUCAAAUCUUGUCAUUCUGCUCCAGCAGCAGAGUUGUGAAAGAAAAAGUCCAGACACUGUCUAGUGCUGGGCCAACCACCAUUGAUGCCAGACUAGGGAAGCAGAUCAAUGUCAGCAAGAGAGGGACUAUCUACAUUGGUAAAAAACGGGGCAGAAAGCCAAGAGCAGAGCUGCAGACUCAGCCAGAAGAACCUAAGAUAGCCAUCAAGCACUCAAAACCUGUUUUCAGCCAGCCAGAAAAAUCAGCAGUGCCUUCCAACCUGCAGUCACUUGCAGCUAUUCAUCCGCUUUCAACAGAGUUAUUGGGGACUAACAGUAACCUUAACCCUGCAAGCACUGAAACAAAUUUUUCAGAGUUAAAAACUAUGCCAAAUCUUCAACCUAUCAAUGCUCUUCCUACAAAAACUCAGAAGGGAAUGCACAGUGGAACUUGGAAACUGUCUCCACCCAGGCUAAUGGCUAAUUCACCUUCCCACCUUUGUGAAAUAGGUUCUCUAAAAGAAGUCACACUGUCACCAGUGAGUGAGUCUCACAGUGAGGAAACCAUACCAAGCGACAGUGGGAUAGGUACAGACAACAGCACUUCUGACCAAGCUGAGAAAAGCUCAGAAUCCCGCCAGAGAUACUCCUUUGAUUUCUGCACUCUGGACAAUCCAGAGGCUAUCCCAUCUGACACCAACACAAAAAACAGGCAUGGUCACCAGCAAAAACAUCUCAUUGUGGAUAGCUUUCUCUCUCAUGAGAGUAUUAAAAAACCAAAGCACAAGAGGAAAAGGAAAAGCCUACAGAACAGAGAUGACAUCCAGUUUCUGACUGACCUUGAGGAACUCAUCAAUAAAUUUCAAGUGUUCAGGAUUUCCCAUAGAAAUUAUACAUUUUAUCAUGAAAAUCCAUAUCCCAGCAUCUUCAGGAUUAAUUUUGAUCACUACUACCCUGUACCGUAUGUCCAGUAUGACCCAUUGCUCUAUCUUCGCAGGACCUCUGACAUGAAGUCUAAGAAGAAGCAUGGUAGAGCUGCCAAAACCAAUGACACCAUGACAAAAAUGCCUUUUUUACAAGGGUUCAGUUACCCUAUUCCCAGUGGGAGUUACUAUGCACCCUAUGGAAUGCCUUACACAUCAAUGCCUAUGAUGAAUCUUGGUUACUAUGGUCAGUAUCCAGCUCCUCUGUACCUUUCUCACACGUUCGGAGCAGCUUCCCCAUUUAUGAGGCCUACCUUGCCCCCACCCCAAUUCUAUGCAAGCUCUCAUAUGAAGAUGUCCACCACUGCCAAACAUAAAGCAAAACACGGAGUGCGCCUACAAACACCUGUGGGAAUGAACCUUGGAGACAUGCAGUCCUCUUUGGUUCCUCCAAAAGUUGGAGGAACAAGCCUUUUAAGUAGCCGACUUCACAAAAAGAAACACAAACAUAAGCACAAGCAUAAGGAUGAGCAAAUAUUGGGGACACAUGAUCUGAGUGGUCUGUUUGCUAACAAGUCCACUGGCUUCUCCAGCCACACAAUCAAUGAAAGGCUAAGCAGCUCAGAUAAAAACCUCUCCUUGCUCAAUGAGAAAAGAAAACAUAAGGAGAAGCAGAAGUAUCAGCAUUGUGAAACUGGACACAAAAGCUCAAAGAGUAACUUUGAAGUGUCUAGGUUAUUACUUUUUGAUGCCCAGCAGUGGACACAGAGUAAAGAUAAAAGUGACUCAAGCAAUGAUCUCAUUGACUCUUGCACAAAGAGGUACUCUGGUAAUACUGAGAGUAAUGGAAGGUCAGAGUCCCUGGACAUGUUUGGUGAAAUGAAUUCCUCAAGUGAAAAGAAGGACAAUGAUGCAAGUGGGAAUAAAAGAAGUUUUGAAGGGUUUGGAACUUACAGGGAAAAGGACAUUCAGCCCUUCAGGACAAAUAGGAAGAAGUACUUAUGA